GUUGGCUCACCACUCAACCGUAUACAGACAGGCCAGCGCGCUGCUAUAAUCAUCGUCCCCGAUUUCUACACUCUACUCUCACUGCAGUCCGCAGUGUACUCACAGCCGUGAGGAGGGUUGGACGUGUAGCGUUAGUUGUGAGAGCGGUCGAUCUUGAAAAGGGUCAUCAGAAUGGCUCCCCAGCAAGGAAAAGCAAACAAGGCGUCGUCAGACAUCUCAAGCCCCGUACAGGAUAGCAUUUCACUCAUUAUCAAUAAUGAAACGUAUACAGUUGGUCCAGAUGUGCCACCAUGGACUCGCUUGGUGGACUUCAUACGAUACGUAGUGCAGGCCCCGGGCACCAAGGCACUGUGUCGGGAAGGAGGCUGUGGUGUGUGCACGGUAGUGGCCACAGUUCCAGACCGCGAGUCGCCUGGCCACAACAAGACCUUCAGCGUGCAGGCAUGUCAGGCAAUGCUGUAUGCCUGUGCAGGAUGGAAGAUAGAGACUAUAGAAGGUCUAGGGAACCGCUACACAGGUUACCACCCCAUACAGAAGGCUCUGCAUGGCUUCUAUGGGACUCAGUGUGGCUUUUGCUCACCAGGCAUGAUCAUGACCAUGUAUGGCCAGACAAAGGGGUCUGAGCCACUCACUUCUGCCAAAGUAGAAGCAUCACUGGAUGGGAACAUUUGUCGCUGCACUGGCUACCGGCCCAUCCUGGACGCCUUCAAAUCCAUGACAGUGGAUGCAGACCCCACCCUUAAGGAAAGACUUGUGGACAUAGAGGAGGCAUACAAUGGUGUAUGUGAGAAGAAUGGCACCAAUGGUUGUGGUGCCUGUAAGGGGAAGGAAGGUGGAAGAUGUAAGAAGAGUGUGACGGACUUACUUCCUGGGAAAGUACAGAUAUCCUUUGGCUCUGUUCGCUGGUUCCGACCAACAAAUAUCGAUGGCAUGUACAGUAUUCUUAGGAAUAUUGGCACUGAAGAGAAGUAUCGGAUUGUUGUGGGCAACACUGGCCAAGGAGUGUUCAAGAAUGAUGGGCCAUAUUCAGCCUACAUCUCUACUGAUGGUAUUGAGGAGCUGUACAUCACCUCAGUGGGAGUACCCUUGCAGCUCGGUGCCAAUGUGAGCUUGACCAGGGCCAUGGAGUUGUUCCAUCACAUGGCCGAAACACAGCCGAGAUACAGUUACCUAGAGGUUCUUGCCAACCAUUGGCAAGUGGUGGCCAAUGUGGCAGUCAGGAAUACAGGCAGUUGGGCUGGCAAUUUGAUGCUGAAACAUGCUCAUCAAGGAUUCCAGUCAGAUAUCUUCUUGACACUUCUUGCUGCUAAGGCAGAGCUGACCAUUGGCAGUGCUGAGGAUGCUUCCACUACCUACAUGAGCCUUGAGCAGUUCCUCAGAACAGAUAUGUUCAAAAAAGUCAUCCUCUCUGUGACGCUUCCACCUGCAUUACACAACACAAAGCUGCGGACAUUCAAGAUCACGCCACGAGCUGUCAAUGCACAUGCCUAUGUCAAUGCCUGCUUCAGAAUGGAGGUGGACCCAAUAGACAACUUCAAGGUUACCCACAAACCUUCCAUCCUUCUUGGAGGUAUCAACCCAAAUUUCAUCCAUGCUACUGAAACAGAGAACUUUUUGAUGGGGCGGAGGCUGACUGAUCAAGCUACUGUAGUGGAAGCUGCAGAGAUACUUGGCCGAGAGGUACAGCCAGACAACCAUCCACAGGAUGCCUCUCCAGCCUAUCGUCGAAGCCUUUCUCAAGCACUGCUAUACAAGACUAUUGUAGGAUUUUUAGCCAACAAAGUGAAUCCCAAGCUUGCCAGUGCUGGACCAAAUAUUGAGCGCCCCCUGUCCUCUGGCCGUCAGGAGUUUGACAUGGAUCGGGAAGCUUGGCCAGUCGGAGAGCCUUUGCCAAAGCUGGAAUCUGCCACUCAAAUCUCUGGUGAAGCAACAUACCUUGAUGAUGUCCCUUACCUACCCAAUGAGCUCCAUGGGGCCCUGGUUCAGACUACUCAUGCAAACGCUAAGAUAUCACAUGUGGAUGCCUCUGAGGCCCUCAGACUGAAGGGUGUGGUGACCUUUGUAAAUGCUGCUGACAUUCCUGGAAAAAACAGCUUUAUUGCCACUGCUGGGGCAUAUCCUGAUCCUGUAUUUGUAGAGGAGCGUUCAAAAUAUGCUGGCCAACCUGUGGGUCUGAUAGUGGCCCGGGACAGGGAUACAGCAGUGCGAGCUGCCCAGAUGGUGGUAGUGAGCUAUGAGGAUGUCAAGAAGCCAGUAUUGACAAUUGAGCAGGCGCUGGCUGAAGGGGGUCAGGAUGAGAUUGUCACUUUUGCCUUCACUGGCACAGUAGAGCCAGCAGUCCUUGGAGACCCAGAAGGCCAGCUGGAGGUUGCACCACAUCGUCUAAAGGGGAAUCUGAUUCAGGGGAGUCAGUAUCACCUUAAUAUGGAGCCCUUGGCUGCCCGAGUGGUUCCCAUAGAGGAUGGAUAUGAUGUUUACUGCACAACACAGUGGCCUACUGAAACCCAGGCUACUGUUGCCCAAGUCCUUGGAAUUACUGCGAACAGUAUCAAUAUGUCAGUGCGGCGAAUUGGUGGUGGUUAUGGGGCCAAGAUCAGUCGCCAGAACGUUUUGGCAGCUGCAGCAGCAGUGGCAGCCAGGAGUCUCCAGCAGCCUGUGAGGGUCGUGACAGACCUGAAUACAAACAUGACAUUGGCUGGCUGGAGGGACCCAUACUACGCAACAUAUGAUGUUGGGUUUGAAGACACAGGCAAGCUCACAUCCCUCGUAGUUGAUCUGUAUAGUGAUGCUGGCCACGUCUCCAAUGAGUCUCCUGUAGGCUUCCUAGCAAGUGUCAUCCAGAACUGCUAUUUCAUACCCAAUAUACGAUAUAGACCUCAUAUUGUGAACACUGACACUGCUGCCAACACCUGGUGCCGGACACCUGGUCACGUCAAUGCCAUAGGUACCAUGGAGAACAUCCUUGACCACAUUGCAUCCUAUUUGAAAAAGGAUCCUCUGGAGGUGCGUCAGCUGAACCUAAUCACACCAGGUGUACCACGGCUUCUUGCAUCACCCCACGAACAGACUCCAAUAAAGGAUGUGAUUUUGCCGUUGUUGCUUGAGAAGGCAAACUUUGUCCAGCGCAAGGCUGAGGUGGAAGAGUUUAAUAGGAGCAAUAGGUGGAAGAAACGUGGGAUUGCAGUGAUGCCAGAGUACUAUGGCUUUGAUUAUCCAUCAGUCUUCCGUUAUGGUCUCCAAGUCAGUAUUUAUGCACAUGAUGGAACAGUAGCUAUCACCCAUGGAGGCAUUGAAAUGGGACAAGGCAUCAACACCAAGGUGGCUCAGGUAGCAGCCUACACACUGGGGAUCCCAUUGGCACAGGUAGUUGUCAAGGCCUCGGAGACAACAGUUGCAGCAAACUCCACUGUCACCGGUGGGUCCUUUGGCUCUGACCUCUGUGCACAUGGUGUCAGAAAAGCAAGUUUAGCUCUUAAAGAACGCAUGGAUGUUGAAAAGGAGAAGAUAAAGAAGAACACUGGAAAAGAACCAACAUGGCUGCAGCUGGUGCAACACUGUUUCAGUCAUGAUGUGGAUCUGUGUGAACGCUACUGGACUGCUGCAAAGGAACAUCCUCCACGAUACGACAUUUGGGCAGCUUGCUGCCUUGAGGUGGAAGUAGACGUGUUGACAGGCAUAUACAUGAUAAGACGAGCAGAUGUGAUUGAAGAUGCUGGCCGCAGCAUGAAUCCUUUUGUUGAUGUAGGACAGGUGGAAGGAGCCUUCAUCAUGGGACUGGGUCUCUUUACCUCAGAAAAAUUGAAGUUUGACCCCAGUACUGGCCAAAAGUUAUCAAAUGGGACAUGGGAAUACAAGCCACCAACAGCCCUGGAUAUCCCAGCAGACUUGAGAAUAACCCUACUUCCCAAUGCCAAGCAACCGUAUGGUGUUCUUGGCUCCAAAGCUACUGGGGAGCCUCCUCUCUGCCUCUCCUAUGCAGUAGUUUCUGCUCUGCGCCAAGCCAUAACCGCCUUCAGAGCAGAGAAUGGGGAUGACUCCUGGUUCCAGAUGGACACCCCACUGACAGUAGAGGCAGUGCAGAGACUGUGUGGCGCCAACCCACAGAUGUUCAAGUUGGGGUAGUCAGUGCACCAUCAGAAAGCACAAGAACUUGUCCAACAUUCUAUUUUCCCUGCUAAAAUAAUAAGCAUAGUUUAAUCCUAGCCUACACCAUGAUCUUUAUCUAUAAACUGUUAACACUAGCUUCAUCAGUAGCUUUAAUCUAAAUGAGUAAAUAGUUUAACAGCAACUAUUAUAAAGAGUAAAUAGUUUCAUAUCUCAAAACAUAUUUGUAUAAUGCUGUUGCUUAGCAUACUAUUAUAUUUCAUAAAUUAGUUACAUGUUGUUUACAAGCUUUAAAAGGUUUUCGUUUUUGUAAUGAUCUUUAAGUUGCUUGAAGAUACUGUCAAAAUGCAUAGGAUAUUGCCACAUACAUGUUUAGUUACAAAGUGGAUAUUGUUAGCUGUCAAAGUAAUCCACACAUGGUUAGUUAGUCAUGUUACUUUUACUAGGAUCAAUGUACAAGAGAUGGGGCUUCCAUGCCUUUUGGGUGCUGGUUACUUGGCCUAGCAAACCAUGGCAAUAUGACCUAAUCAUUCCUAUUAAAUUUAUAUAAUUAGAGAUUGGUACUCUUAUAACAUAUUUGGAUUCCUAAAGCACUGCUGUCUUCAAACGUUCAACAAUAAGUGAAACUAGUUAAGAGUUAUGAAGUGACAAGAGAAAAGGAAUGAAAAUAGGGAUGAAGGGGGAGGGGGAAUGUGGAGAAAUAUGAGAACCAGAAGUUAAGUAGACAAAAUGGCAUUAAAAGGAAGAGGUUGUGAAAGGAAAAUGAGAAAACAGGGAGGUUCUGUUAGAUGAAUAUCCAUUAUAUGAGAAACAGAUGAUAUGAGAUGUGUAAAUUCAGGACUAUUUUCUUUAUACAAGCACAAAAAUACGAUGCAGUCCAAGGUGAGAAAAUUUUAAAAGUUUAAAAUGCGCACCUUCUUGCACCCUCCUGUUAACACAUCCAGGCUGUAUGAUGAUGUACAAUGAUUUGGAUGUACAGAGACGAGUUCAUGCGUGCUUGUCCCCUACCUACCAUUCAUUCUCCCCACUAGUCCUCUCUUAAACUGUAUCAGUGUCUCUCAUACUCCUAUUCAUGUGGCCUUGCUUUUCAUUAUUAUACUUGUAUUCAUCAUCAUUUUGAUUGCAAGAAUAUUUACAGUAGAGUGCAAGUACAGUGUACAAUGUUUUAUGUGGCUGAUCAGUGCUUGAAUGUGUUAUACUGUUACUGCUGGUGUGUUCUUUCAUUCGCUGUCUUUGGUGUGGUGUGGUGGUGUGUGUGUGUGUGACUGACCAUGUAAUGUAUAUUGUAUAGAUUGUGCCUUAAAAUUUUGCCUCUCAAGUGCUAAAUCCCAAGUAGUCAAUAACUUCCAGUGCAAGUUAUAGCAGUAUGGUUAAGUGAGCUAGAGUACCAAUAACACUCGCGAAGGUAGAAAUUGAUAAGAGGCAUAACAGUGGUGAACGAAUCACCCUCCCUGAUACAUUAACUACGCAGUGGUGAGUGUUAUGCACAUUAUGUAUGUUUAAUUAAUAAGAAAUCACAUUCUUUGUAUGCUAUUUUUUUAUUUUUUUUUAUAGACAAUUCUAUAAUAUAGACAUGUUUGCUGCAUUUGAUAUUCUACAUUUUAGCUUGAAAACUUAAAAUCUUUGACAAAGGUCACAAAACCCAAUCCCUUUCUUCCCAUUACAGUAAAACCUCCAUAAACCAAACAAACCGAACUACAUGGGACGAGGUGGCUGACAGUUUAUCUGAAAAUUUGGUUUAUCCAACAAUACACGUUUUUGGCCGGUUUCUACAUCCAUAUAUAUGUACAUUUACUGUUAUUUACAACAUAUUUAUUAGCACAUUAUAAGCUUAAAGAUUGAUAUUUACAGCAUAUUCUGUUAUUACAUACUGUACACAACACACUAACUGAUCAUUUAAGAGUUCACUUAACAUUAUGCAACUACACACUUAGUGUUCACUUAAGAGCUCACUUACCUAUAUCCAACACACUGGUCACUUAAGAGCUAACAUACACAACACACUGGUCACAUAAGAGCUAACACAAUAUUAUGCACUGUACUACUAGUGUACUUAGGCUUGUCACUCAGAGUCUGAGUCAAAGAUGUUGGCUGGUGGCUCUGGUGUGAUUGGGGAUGCAAUGGAGCUGGGCAGACUGGCUGAGGAGGUUGAUAAGGGCAUUCAGAUUAUCCAAUAUUUGACUUAUUCAGGUUUGGUUUGGGAGGUUUUACUGUAAUUGUGUGUUUCAUUAUACAAGAAUUUGUCAUGCAAACAAUUCAAAUGGAACCUAGCUGCUUGUAUCAUCAGGACCUUCCUGUAGUAGAUACGAAUGGAAAGGCACACAAGCAAGUAUGAAUUACCAGAGUGAUUGGACAUAUGAAGAACAAAAGUUAAGGUUAGGAUUUUAAAAAAAUGGAGAAACUAAAUAAAUGGAGGCACGUAAAAUGUCAAGGAAGUGAGGCUUCAAAAAGGGAUGAAGGGAAAUGCACUAAACCUUCCCUUUUGUGUUCCAUAAUUAUGAAAAAAGAAUAAAAAACAGUACUUAGGCAGUGAGCAUCACAUAAUAUAUGUCUGUGUAAUAUCAGGUGAGUGCACCCUGGAGUGUGGUAGAAAUAUUCUGGUGAGGACAAUGGACCCAUCUGUUAAUCCUAUUGCAGAUGAGAGAGACUUGUGAACUUCUAAAGUACCUCACCAUCUGGAAAUUAAUUAUUUGUAAUUAUAGUGUAUGAUAAGGAAACUAAAUGUAAUCACUAGCCUACUUAAUGCACUAAAAUCACUAAUAAAUUACUAUAAAUGA